AUGAAAGAAGAGAUACUAGAGUUGUCUCGAUGGGAAAAGACAAACAAGGUGUCAGGUUAUAAGAUGUGGGAAAAGGAAGUUGAGGAAGAAGGCAGGGUGGGAAGGAACGAAAGUGAUGAGGUCAAGGGUGAAGGGGAAGGAGCAAGAGGCGGUGACACGUAUGUCGGUCUUGGGUUGGUGCCCAAGUACCGAUGCCAAGCAUGCUAA